AUGCCUUUGUUAAAUAAAAAACCGCUAGAACUACACCGGUACAACAAGAGAUUAAAAGAUGAUGCAGAAGUUUUUUUUUGCAAAUGUACUAAUGAAAUAUUUGAAAAUUAUGAAGAGUACUGUCAGAGGGUAAUCUCUUGUAAUUCUUUAAUUUGGACUUGUGCUAUUACAGGAAAAACCAAUUUGACUUAUCAGGAAGCUUUGUCGUCAGAGCAAAAUGCUUUGAAGUCGAUUAAAGAUUUCCCAUUGGAACUCAGGACUCCUAUUUUAUUUUUAGCUUCUAAAACCAAACGGAAAAAUUUUAAUGAUUUAGUUAAUGAUGUGUUUAAUUUUGCCAAAGAUCGUUAUUUCCUUGGAGAAUCAGUGGAAGUUUACAUUAAUGAUAAUUGGGUUUUUGGACACAUUUUACAAGUUUUAUUGCCGUCCGCAGAUGAAGUAAAUGAAUACCGUGAAAAAAAUAAUAUUUACGGAUCGAUUAACAAUCGUCCUUAUCCCGGUUGCUUGUACAAAUAUAAAGUAGAACAAUUAGAAAACGACGAAGAUUCCUGUGCUUCGAAAAUUCAAGUAUUACCCGGUGAUAAAGUCCGACGAAUCAAAGGCGUUUACACCAAAGAAAAAAAUCGUAUUUAUUUGAAACAGUUUGCGAUUUUCAAAAAAAAUAAAUGGCGAAUUCAAAACAACGUUUUAGCCACUUACAGCAUACCUGGAAUUUUGUUUUCUAAUAUGUUUGUUGGAGAGCUUCCUUCAUUUGAUGGAUUCUCCUCUGAAAAUUCUAAAUUCUCUCAACAGCGAACUAUUGACAUGUAUUUAAACAAAAAAACGGAAAAAAAUAAAGUAAAAAGCGUAGAAUCAUCCAGGAAAACGUUACUUAAAAAAACAGAUAAUGUUAAAAGGGUGUCUGAAAGUGUGAAAGUUAUACAUAAAAAGUAUCAGGAAACAAUUAAUAAAGUGGUGGAACAAACUAAGAGGGAUUUAAUUAAGCAAAAAUCUUUAGAAGACAAAGCAAAAAAAUUGGAAGAAAUUAAAAAAAAGAGAGCUCAAGAAAAAGAGGAAAAAGCUAAAUUGGCAAGUUUUGCCAAAGAAUGGCAAAGAAAAAGAGAAGAUUUAGAGUGUGAAGAUUUAAAAAAUUUGCCUGUUCCUUGUCCCGUCAAUUGCAGGGUGCCCAAUGAACUUUUCGGUGAUGUUGUUAUGAUAUUGGAAUUUUUUUCUAGCUUUAGAGAAUUACUAAAAGUGAAAGAUUAUUUUCCUUUUGGAUUAAAGUUAGAAACCGUAGAACGAGCUUUGGUCGAUAUAGAAAUAGCAGGGCCUUUACCCGACAUUAUUCAACUUUUGCUCUCGACUUUGUUCAAUCUUCAAGAGCAAGAAGACGAUGAAGUUCAAAGCACCGAUUAUCACCGUGCGGGAGACUUGGAAAUAGAUGAAAGUGGAGAUAUUUCUACCGCUGAAGCUAUAAAAUCCGCUACUUUUGCUGCAAGCUGGAGCAAAAUGCAUCAUGGAGUUCCAUUGAACAAGUUGUCGUUGGAUGCGAUUACAGUUUCUGAAAUUCUUCGUCUUCAUUUAUUAGCUUCGGGAGGUAGAGCAGGAGACCGCAAUGCAAAAUGGAGGUAUCAGGAACGAGGAGGAUAUACUAAUACCGAUGAUCCCUGUCUCAUGCUGAGAUUGAAAGAUCCUCACAUUCUCAGGUCUUUGGCCAUUAAGAGUGUUGUAGAAUUGUCAAUCGGAGAUAAAAUUAAAAUUUUGUCCUGCUUGAUGAAUCAAAUUCUUACGUACGCCGAAAUAAGGGAUAUAAUUGAAGAACGAUAUGAUAAAGUUAAAACUAGCAAAAAUGAAUUAAAAAAUGAUCAAGUAGCAGAAUCGAAGAAAGAGAAAGAAAUAACAGCACAAAAGUUAAAAGAAAAAAAAGAAGCCAGAGAAAGAGGUGAAAAUUUACCCGAUCAAUCUGAGGAACUCAAGUUAAAAGAAUUAAAAGAAUCAAAUAAGAAAAAGGCUGAAUUCCACAAAAGAGCAAUGGAAUUGCGUAAGGUUGCAAUGGAGAGUCAAAUCGUUCCCUUGGGUCAAGAUAGGAGUUACAGAAAAUUUUGGAUAUUUUCUACUUUAGGAGGUUUAUUUAUUGAAGAUAAUGAAGAGUGGCCCGGAUCAUGUUUGUCCACUCCCACUCCAAUUAGUAAAAAUUUUGUUCUUUUGGAAGAGGACACAAUGACGUACAUUAAAAAAUUGUUUGAAGAAGAACGUAAUUGGGGAAGUGAUAAAGAGAACGAAGUAAAUUCUAGUCUACCCAUGGGAACCCAAAAAAAAAAGCUGUUGAGUGAAUCUAAUAAUGUUAAUUCUAAUUCUGUUUAUUCAACGGAAGAAGGAGAAAAUGAAAGUAAUAAUGAAAAACUCAUGAGUUGGGUUUGUACGGGAAAUGAAGAAACGUGUAACGUGCAUUCCAAAACGAAUAAUCGAACACAAUGGUUGUUUUAUCACAAGGAAAACGAAAUCGAAGAAUUAAUUAAUUCCCUGAACAAAAGAGGAUAUAGAGAACAUAGAUUAAGGAAAGCCUUAAUAGAAAACAAGGAUAAUAUAAUACCAAGGUUAAAUCACUGUCCAGUUCAUUUGUUAAAUCGUUUUGCAUUGGAUUCAUAUGUGUCUUCGGGUCCCGUCAAAUCAACGAGAAGUCAUAAAGGUUACGAAAACGCCAAUUUAAAAUAUCCUGCAGGAACUCCAGUUCAAGAAAUUUUGGAGCUUUAUAUACGCGAGCUCAUUCUCGAUACGGAGGAGAAAAUUUAUUGCGGUGGUUUGGGGUGUUUAAAAGUGAAAAAUCGAAAUAUUUGGAGAAAUGCUAUUGAAAACAGAAGCUAUGAGAAACAAGACGAUAAUUUAUCUUGGAGACAAUACCCUAUAAAAAAAGAAAAAAUAAUGGAUAAAAUAAAAGACGAUGAUGGUGCUCGACCGGACACGCCUUGUUCAUUAGAUUGCAAUUCUGAAACGGAAAUGCUAGAAUUGAAAAUGGAUCAAAAUUCCGUGGUCAAUGAUUUAGCAAGUGCUGUCUUACAAAUUGCAAGAUCAGUAGAGCCAAGAUAUUUACAAAAACCGUUGUCAAACGAUGAAAAAAAAAAGGAAAAAAUGACAGCAAUGGAAAGAUGGGAAGCAUCUUUGAUGUCUUCAACGAGUUUUGCUCAAGUUUAUUUGCAUGUAGCCACACUUGAAAACAGUAUUCAAUGGAACAAAUCUGCUUUGAAUGCAAGGUGCAAGGUUUGUCGAAGAGGAGGAGAUGGAGAAAACAUGUUAUUGUGCGACAGUUGCGACAGAGGUUUUCAUUUGUAUUGUUUGAAGCCAAAAUUAUCAAGUGUUCCUCUCGGUGAUUGGUUUUGCUCAGGAUGUAGACCUCCAGAGAAAGUUGAAAAAACUAAAAGGUCAAGAAGACUUUUUUCAGAAGAAUCAGAUGACGAUGAAGAUGAUCAACCUCUUGUAAGUUCAAAAAUUUCUAGGAAAAUCAAAUCGGAAGAUGUAUCUAGAAAAAGAAAAUAUAAAAAAUCAGAAGAAUCUGGAGAUUCAGGUACACAGACAUUACCAUACACAUUAGUUUAUAUUUUGAAAAUACAGAAAUAA